AUGUCGGCGGUAGCGGCGCAGGCUGUGCGCGGCGAAGGCGUGGUGGGCCUCACCGUCCCGGGGAACGCCGUCCUGCCCUCGGUGUUCGUCUCCUUCGAUCCCGCCUCGCCGCCGCUCUCCCUCCCCUCCGACCUCCUCCUCCUCGCUGUCUUCGACUCCGCCCUCUCUCGCGAUGACACGUCAGCAGCCAAUUUCACUGGCUUCGCUGCUGACGCACCAGGCGGUGCUGAGCUGGCGUCUCUCGACGCCACGCUUUCCGGCGCUCUCGCUGAGCUAGCAUCCGACCCGGAUUUCAGAGCGAAGCCCGGGCAGGUUUCGCAAGUCCUCCGCGUUCCCGGGCAGCCGUUCAAAAGAAUCGCGCUGGUGGGGCUGGGCAAGCCGGAUGUGCUUCUAAAGGGGGAGGCCGGCUCGUGGCAGGGAGUAGGCUCCGCUAUAGCAGGCGCCGCUAAAACGAAUCAGGCCAGCAAGGUAUCGGUCGCGUUUGUGGGCAAGCCAGAGGCGGCGGUGGGGCAGGAGAUUAAAGCUGGGAGCGCGGUUCGGGGGAUAGUGACGGGCGCCUUAGUAGGCAGCUUCGAGGAUGUGCGGUUCAAAUCGGAGGAGAAGGAGAAGGCGAAGGCAGAGAGGGGUGUGAAGGAGUUGCAAGUGGUGGGGCUGGGUGACGCGGAGUCACUCCAGAGGGACGUGUUCGAGGCGGAGAGGCUGGCGGCGGGAAUCAUCCUCACCAAGCAGCUCGUCAACGCGCCGCCCAAUGUGCUCACGCCAGCUGUCCUCGCUGACGUGGCGGUGAACCUGACUGCCGCCCACGCGGAUGUGCUGAGCGCGCGCAUUUUGGAAAAGGACGAAUGUGCCGCCCUGGGCAUGGGGUCGUACCUGGCAGUGGCGGAGGCAUCAGCGGCGGACAACCCGCCCAAGUUCAUCCACGUCACGUACACACCGCCUGCUGCUGGGGAUGGUGGCGAAGGGGGCGAGGAGAAGCCGCUGAAGAAGCUGGCGCUGAUCGGCAAGGGACUCACCUUCGAUAGUGGCGGCUACAACCUGAAGGCGGGGCCGGGCUCAAUGAUUCACCUCAUGAAGUUUGACAUGGGCGGCGCUGCUGCUGUGCUGGGCGCUGCCAAGGCCAUCGCUGCCAUCCAGCCCCAGGGCGUGCAGGUGCAUUUCAUCAUAGCAGCGUGUGAGAACAUGGUCAGUGGGGGCGGCAUGAAGCCGGGUGACAUCAUCACUGCUUCCAACGGCAAAACCAUUGAGGUGAACAACACGGACGCGGAGGGGCGGCUGACACUGGCGGAUGCGCUGCUGUACGCGCAGCAGCAGGGCGUGGAGAAGAUCGUUGAUGUCGCCACCCUCACUGGCGCUUGCAUCAUCGCCCUCGGGAAUGACAUCGCUGGUACGCCCCUCCCAUGCAUCGCUGGUCUGUUCACCCCAAACGAUGAGCUGUCAGCGGAACUGGAAGCUUCCUCCAAGGCGUGUGGCGACAAGGUUUGGCGCAUGCCCAUGGAGGAGGCGUACUGGGAGGGCAUGCGCAGCAAGCAUGCCGACAUGCUCAACACCGGUGGCCGUGAAGGCGGCUCCAUCACUGCAGCACUCUUCCUCAAGCAGAAUCACUCUUUGGCAGUCUCUUUUGCAGCAGCCCCUCUCUUCCUCCCGUCUCUCUCUGGGCUAACCUUGAAGCAGCACAUUUGUGUGCAUUAUGACGAGGCAAAACUGCCUCGAACUUACUCUCUCUCUUGUCUCCUGCCUCUCUGUUUGCUGUUGCUCCCACCAUUCCCUGUCACCACUCCCUCCUCUCUCAUGCCUCUCUGUUUGCUGUUGCUCCCACCAUUCCCUGUCACCACUCCCUCCUCUCUCAUGCCUCUCUGUUUGCUGUUGCUCCCACCAUUCCCUGUCACCACUCCCUCCUCUCUCAUGCCUCUCUGUUUGCUGUUGCUCCCACCAUUCCCUGUCACCACUCCCUCCUCUCUCAUGCCUCUCUGUUUGCUGUUGCUCCCACCAUUCCCUGCCACCAUCCCCUGCCGCCAUUCCCUGCCACCACUCCCUCCUCUCUCAUGCCUCUCUGUUUGCUGUUGCUGCCACCACUCCCCGGCGCCAGUUUGUGGCGGAGGGGCUGCCAUGGGCGCAUCUGGACAUUGCAGGGCCGGUGUGGAGUGA